UAAAAUACGAAAAUAUCUUUGCUUUCCAUUUUUUCCGGAAGAAAUAAGAGAGAGGCAGAGAGGCAGAUUCCUGUGGCUCUCUCCCUUUUCCUGGUUGAAACUAUUUGCAACGAAAAAGAAGGACAAAAUGUCAAUAUUUGAGAGCUGCAUUGUCCUCCUCUUCCUUUCUCAAACCGAUCUGAGGCUUUAAAGCGACAAACAUCUCUUUAGCUUGAACCAUACUCUUUUGUUGCUGUUGAAGUGGCGGUGGUGGGGGUUGGAGAUGCCGGAGAAGGCAAUGAGUUCGUUACUUUUGAAACCAUUGAUACCAAGGUGGAGUCCCUUGCGUCAUUGGCGUUUUGGAGUGCUGACGGCUUUGGUUGUUGUUGGGAUGGUCAUCGUUUGGAGCGUAGAUGGGUGCACCAUAAAGAGCUUUCUCGAAGUUUGGAGGUUCAGACAAGAUUUCGUAACCACGAAACUCAGUACUCGCCCGGCUAAUCUCACCCAAAUCCAUCAAAGUCCACAUCUCAACACCUCCAUCAUCCUGGCUAAUACGACCCAGAACCAAACUAAUACUACGAACCCUAUAGAUUCCCGCAUUCUUGAACCGCCUUCUGUUCAGACCUCAACCGGAUUUCCUCAACAGCCAGCCCAGAAUCCACUGCAGCACACAGCUUCGCCAAAUUUGAGCUGGGUUUCAGCUGAAUUAGAACCCAACUUGACCUCCAAUCUUGUCGCCCGGUGGUUGGCUCCAGGAGGUGAACCUUGUAAGGAUUCCAAGACGGUACAGAUUUCGAUUCCUGGUUUGGAUGGUAGGAACUUGAUUAAUCUUUCAGCCGGUGAAAUCCAUGAAUUUGGUUUUCAAGCACUGGAUGAGUCUGGAAAUCCACGCUGUUUAGGGGGAGAUUACUUUGAGACUGAUCUUUCAGGGGAUGCUUGGAAAUCCCGACCGUUAGUCAAAGAUUUUGGUAACGGCUCUUAUUAUGUUUCGCUUCAGGUUCAUCCUGACUUUGAUGGGGAUUACAAUCUGACAGUUAUCCUGCUAUUUAGGCAAUUUGAAGGCCUGAAAUUCUCACCUUGGCGAUUUGCGUUUGAUCGAGUGCUUCGGAAAAUUCCGAUCAGGUUUUACAAAUCCUCAGGUCACUUGCAUGAGCUACAAACUUGUACAGAAUCUGACUUUAGCAGGGAUAUUUGGUCUGGGAGGUGGACUCGGCAUGGUAAGAAUGAUGAUUGUCAAAUCAGUAGUGAUGGUCGUUACCGUUGCUUACCACCUGACUUUCCAUGUCAAAGUCCGUGGUGUAGUGGCUCACUGGGUUUGUUAGAGAGUAAUGGUUGGGUCUACUCUGCACAUUGUGCUUUUAGAUUGUUUCUAGCUGAUUCUGCUUGGAAUUGCUUGAAGAAUCGGUGGAUUUUCUUCUGGGGUGAUUCAAAUCACGUCGAUACAAUCCGAAACAUGCUCAAUUUUGUCUUAGAUUUGCCUGAUAUUCCCUCAGUUCCCAGGCGGUUUGAUAUGAACUUCUCAAACCCAAAACAACCGUCUCAAUCGGUUAGAAUUACUAGCAUUUUCAAUGGGCACUGGAAUGAGACGGGCAAUUAUGAAGGGUUGAAUUCAUUGCAAAAUGAAGGAUUUAGGAAUUUGUUAAAGAAGUACUUUUCAGAAGACACAGUUCCAGACACAGUGAUCAUGAACUCUGGAUUACACGAUGGUGUUAAGUGGAAAAAUCUAAGGGCAUUCUCUGGUGGGGCAGAUUACGCUGCUUCAUUUUGGGCCGAGGUUAUGGAGUCAUUAAAGCAGAGGGGAUUGGCAGUGCCAAAGGUUUUCUACAGGACCACUGUAGCAACUGGUGGAUAUGCUAGGUCGCUGGCAUUUAAUCCCAAUAAAAUGGAGGCUUUCAAUGGUGUAUUGUUGGACAAAUUGAAGCACGUUGGGGUAGUUUCGGGCGUGAUCGAUAACUUUGAUAUGACUUUUCCUUGGCAUUUUGAUAAUCGGUGCAAUGACGGUGUGCAUUACGGUCGGGCUCCGCUGAAGAUGAUGUGGAGAGACGGCCUAAUUGGGCACCAGUAUUUUGUAGACCUCAUGUUAGUUCAUGUGUUGCUCAAUGCACUCUGUGCAAGAUGAAUUUAUGCACUCCUUCUGCAGAGUUGGAGCCCCCCGAGGGUGGUGUUAUGGCAUGAUAUAGAGAACGCAAAUGCCAGUCCAUUCAUAUCUCUCAGCCAAGAAAACAAUGGAUUAGAUGCCAUAUGCAUUGUGAGAAUGCAGACAAAAGAACUUAGCUGCUGCUUUUUCUGGAGAAAGUUCGAGGUAGUGAGUGCUAUAUAUAUAGAUUCGUAUAAUUCAUUAGAUCAGAUGGCAUUCUUUAUUCGUUUAUAAACUCUCAACAUAUAAAUAUAACACAUAUGGUUGCGAUUUUGAGGUGUUCUUUGGAGUCGGAAAUAGAGAAAAUCUGUAUUCGGCGCUCCAUCUGAACUGUAUCGUGUUACCCGAUUUGAUCUCGAUCGAGUAUAUAUAGUUUCUAGGCAUGCAUGUUCAUGCGUUUUCCAGAAGGCGUGUGUAUAGAUUCACAAGCCAUUUUGUGUCAUUGUCAAGUGAAUUCCCAUUGCAUGUCUACGUAUUCAAGUUUGUUCCUUUCAA